UGAUAGACCGAUAAUUACACAUGUUUUCACCCCUAUUCUGAAGCCGUUUGAGAUGUGGAUUUUCGUGUUUUAAGCCGAGUUCACGCUAGGUUGUGUGUUUAUGUCAUAUUUCAGGACCCGGCAUUGGAAUCGAGGCGGAGAAACGAGUUCUGGGUCGAAAGGAGCAAAGUUGGGACGAAGGGGGCUGCUGGAGGAAAAUACACGGCCAUGACCAAGAAUACCCGGCCGGGUAUUAUCA